AACUCAUCAAACAUGUCUGGUCGUGGCAAAGGAGGCAAGGGUCUUGGAAAGGGAGGCGCCAAGCGUCAUCGUAAAGUUCUUCGCGAUAAUAUUCAAGGUAUCACCAAGCCAGCUAUCCGACGUCUUGCACGUCGUGGUGGUGUCAAACGUAUCUCCGGUCUCAUCUACGAAGAAACUCGGGGUGUAUUGAAGGUGUUCUUAGAGAAUGUCAUCCGUGACGCCGUCACCUACACAGAGCACGCCAAAAGAAAGACCGUCACCGCCAUGGAUGUCGUCUACGCACUAAAACGCCAGGGUCGUACAUUGUACGGUUUUGGUGGAUAAACGUAGAA